GAAGUGUAGAAUUCUGUGUGUCACACUCAUUAUUACAUUUAUCAACGGCAGCUAUCAAACUUAUGUACCUCAGUAUCUGAGAUGACUUUGAAAAUAAUUUACCCAAAACAGAUUUUAAUAUUUUAGGAUAACAAGGAUAAUUAAUGCCCACUCAGUAGGACGUAGGACGUACAAACGUGCCGGAUAAAUUUUUAGAGAUGGUUAAAAUGUUUACUACCGUAAGCAAACUCUCCUCCCAAAAAAGUUUUAAAAUAAAAUAACAAUGUAAACUGGAUCAGAGACUCUUAAUAACAUGUAUUUAUGAAAUGAAAUACUCUCUGACUGGAUCUAGAAUCUAUAUCUACAUCUCAAUAAGCUCCCCUUUUGUUGUGUUUCGUGCCUGGCUUCCUUCGUGCUAACAAAUUCAAAAAAUGUAAACGAAAGGCUGUGUAUGCAAACCGAGGACUGAUAAGGGUUAUAUUUGACUUAUUACUGAAAGCCUUUAUUAUUACUUGUUUCUUUUUGAAGGCUCUGCUGGCUCCACGCUUUUGCUGCCCAGGUUUCACUGUAACUCUGGCUUUAUGAAUGUACAGGGCGGCAGGCAGGCAGAGGUCAAACUAAUUUCACACCUCUGGCAUCUGGCUACCCCUGGAAAUUUCCAUGCUGGAGUGCCACUCCAACAUUUUCCCAGGCACUGCAUGAAAUAUGAGUACACUGACAGUGGAUUUGGAGAGCAUGAGCCCAGAGGAGGAUGUCAGAAUCAGGAAAGGGCCACCUAUUAUCUGUGUGAUGUGCAAAUCUGGAAGAGAUGGAGAAGAAAGACUCUAUAUGUUUGGUGGCAAUAGACCUUUUAUGGCCAAGUUUCAAGCUAAACUGGUUUCCCUCAUUGGCCAAGAAGAAUUUUCUGCUUUGUGCGAAAAUCACAAGACUAAAUUCAAUAGAAGUUAUAUUUGUAAACACUGUUAUCGAAAGGUUAACAGUACAUAUGAUGGAAUUGUAAAAAUUCAGAGAGGGAUUGCAAAGUCUGUGAAAAGAGUCAAGUCCCUCAGUGGCAACUGUUCCCCGUCUGAAGAAUCGGAGAACGAAGAGCUCGUUCCUCCCACCAUAAGUCCACGUAGGAAAAAGCUCCCUCCUGUUGUUGAGAGAAUUGCAGAGAAGAUUGCAUCACUGACGUUUGUGAAGAUAAACAACAAGACUCCCAUGAUAGUUCUAAAGCGUUUAGAAUCGACUUCAGCGAUGAAGUCACUUGGCUGUGAUGGUGACAGUGGAAAGUCCAUUGUUGUGGAAGGUGAAAGUCGUCUUCUCGAUGUAACAGGUGCAGGAAUUCAAAGAAAUUGUCAUGUUCCUGUGGGACAAUUGAACUCUGUUGGUCUUCUUUACCGGGUAGUCUCUGUUGAUGAAAAUGGAGAUUCAGCUGUGUGUUCAGAAAAAAUAUCUGAGAAUCAAGAAGUUCUCAGUUCUGAUGGAAGGUGUUCAUCCAACCAGGACCAGUUGCAUAAUAAAACUUCAAAUCCUUUGGAUUCCCAUUUUAACGAACUAGGCAAACUGUCUUCUAACACUGUGUCUGAAGUGAUUAAUGGUUCUAAUACGUUAUCAAAGGAGAUGUCAGGGGAUCAAUAUUCGGUGACUCUAUCAGGGAAUUGUCACACAAGUAUAAUAAAUGGAAUGCAUGGUUUUGCUGUUAAAGAAGAGGACACAGUGGACUGUACAUUGUCCAAAGCUCCGUCUAGUGCACAGAUGGUAGAACUUCUGGCUAAUCCAUCUCUGCUGGUCAAGUCUCCUCAGCCCAUCAAGCUAGCAGACGUGAAAGACCGCAAGGUGUACCUCUGUGGGGAGGGUGGUUGUGACUGGAUUUUUAGCUCAAAGUAUCUGUGGGACAACCACAUCCGGCAUUAUCACUACUCUGGCAAGCCCUUCAAAUGCCCUCAUCCUGGCUGUAAUAAGUAUUUUGCCACAAGAAGCAGACAGAAACUUCAUGUGCGUCAACAUACUGGCGAAAGACCAUUUGUUUGUGAGACAUGUGGCAAGGCGUUUCGGUCAGGUCAAGAACUCCGGCAUCACAAAGGGACACACGUAGCUGGGAAACCUUUUAGCUGUCCCAGACCAGGUUGUGAGCAAAGAUACAAGUACAGGAAUACUCUCCUGCGCCACCUCCAGCACCAUGAUGGACGCUGCCCAUUCCCCUGUGACUACCCGGACUGUGGGAAAGCCUUCAAGAACAGAUACGAACUUAAGUGUCACUACAGGAUUCACACGGGAGAGAAGCCAUACGUCUGCAAAGAGCCGGGGUGCGGCCAAACUUUCAGACUGCCCUGUGAAUAUACCAAGCACAAGCGGCAGCACACAGGUGAGCGACCUUUUCGGUGUUCUGUGGAAGGCUGCAAUGCUGCAUAUACAACAUGCGGAGGUUUGUCUGGUCAUAUGCUCACCCACUCCAGUGAGAACAACUUCUGUUGUGAACAUUGUGGGAAAACGUUCAAGUACAAGAUGUCUUACGUGCUCCACUACAGGCAGCAUGUAUCUCGAGGGGAACACAGGUGCACUGUUGAAGGUUGUGAGAGAGCUUUCCAUCUACGUUACUUGCUCAACGAUCACAUGAUGUCAGCACAUGGCCUGUACCAGCCCAGGGAGAUCAAAAGGAGAGCAAGGAAAAAUGUCAGCAAGAAUGGUCUUGUGUUCUGCUGCCCUGUGGAAGGAUGUGGCAAAGAGUAUGUGGAAGCCCGCAUCUUGGACCAGCAUAUGAUAUCCAAACAUAACAUCCAUGACCACCAGGCCAAGCCAGUUCCACGCAAGAAAUAUUUCAUCUGCCCUGUGGAAGGGUGCGGUAGUCAGUACAUCACCUAUGGGGGCUUGAGGUACCACAAGCUGACCUCUCACAACUCUGUUGGACAUUCAGACAAUCGCGUUAACACUGGAACAGACACAGAUUCAGCGAUACAGGUGCCACUGGUGUGUACGAAACUCAUGUGCCCGUUCCAAGGCUGUGGGAAAGAGUACGAAGACACUGUGGGGUUGAGAGAUCAUCUGGCCAGAGCUCACGUGUCGAUGCCCAGAGAGAAAAUGUGUGGACUUUGUGGGCUUGCAUUUCCUCAUAUCCAGCAGUUGGAGAAGCAUAUGCGUGGCUUCCAUACAGAGAUGUCUGUGGUGAAUGAACAUAAUAAUGGAAUCUUUAUCUGUAAAGCGGAGGGUUGCGGUACUGAGUUCCAGUGUGUUGAAGCACUCACAGCUCACAUUCCCUGGCAUAGAGCAAAUCCAACAUAUCGAUGUCUGUAUGAGGAUUGCAAGCGAACAUUUUUGUUGGAAAAAGGGUUCCAAGCUCAUAUGAUGGAGCAUGCAGACUUACGACCCUUUGAGUGUGACUACGAGGGCUGCGUACAGUCAUUCCAGACUCAACUGAAACUGCUAAAGCACUCAAGAGUGCAUUAUGAUCUGUUCAAAUGUCCUGUGGAAGGCUGUGGUAAGAUGCUACAGGCUCUUAACAGUGCCAGAAUCCAUUUGUUCCGUCACACAGGAGAGAAACCGUAUGUGUGCACCGUGUGUGGCAAGACUUUUGCUGCCUCCUCUCAGUGGAUACGCCACAAUCGAGUUCAUACAGGUGAAAAGCCAUACGAGUGUACAGUCUGUCAUGCACGGUUCGCUGACUCUGGCAUCCUGCAGACACACAUGAGGUCCCACACGGGAGAGAGGCCCUUCACUUGUGACACUUGUGGACAGAUGUUCUCAACCCAGGGAGCACUCAAAACUCACGCACGGAUUCAUACAGGAGAACUUCCGUAUGUGUGCCCAGAGACAGAUUGUGGGAAAGGGUUCCGUGACAGCAACCAGCUGAGAUCUCACCAGACCGUCCACGCAAAACCUAACCAUCUGUGCAGCAAAUGCGGCAAAGUCUACAAGUUUAACAUGUGCAAACAUAGAUGCAAACCAAGUGACCUCACUGAGGAUGGCAAUAACGAGAAGGUCAAGGUCAACUACCCAAACAGAUCCGUACUUCUCCAGACUGAGGCUGUGGUGAUGGAACAUGGCCUGCUGCCUCCCUCAUCUGUACCUUUGCCUCAGCCAUCACCACCAGCUCUUCCUCCUCCACCCCCUCUUCCUCCUCCACCUCCUCAAUACCACCUGAGUCAUUUGAUGAUGUUACCAGAUCCGGUCCCUGACCCAUCUUACGGGACCCUGAUGGACGAAGCUGCAGGCUCACAGGCAGCCAUAAAGCUGGAGAAGACCAGCUACACUCCUAGUGGCCCCCAGGACAUUGUCCUGAUGCAGCAAGAUACGACGGACCAUCAUCUCAUGGUCAACUCUGGCUCACAACAGUUUUACAGCUACACAGUUCUUUGACCUGCGUGUCAGCACCGUCUCCACUGGACAAUAUCACUGCUACAUGGCUACAUGAUAAUUUGAGUUGUGGUUUUAGUUAAAAAAGAAUUAAAACAAUUUUUUAGUCA